CUAGGUUUUGACUUAUUGAGAAUGGUUGAUUCAUUUGUGAAACUUAUGAUGGCUAAUUGCAGAUUGUUGAUAUCAUCACUGCUCAUCCAGAACAUGAUAUAAUUAUCGGAAUUGACUCAUUGGGCAAAGAAGAUCUUCUGCUCUAUAUAUCUCGCACACUUAACAUAAAGAUCUGGGUGUGGCCCGAACGCUUGCAAGUUAUGCAUCUUCUUGGAUUCCCUGACAUCUUCACAACCAAAACCGCUCUGACCAGAGUUCGCGCUGUUCCUCGUUAUAGUUUUAGUGUUGAAACUUUAGAAUGCCUCAAUACCCUCCGCCCAACCAUAGGAAUUAGGCCAUCUGGGCUUCCAUGGUCUAUGAAAGCCGUUAAAGCAAAUGAGAAUGUGUUUGGAUCCUCUAGUUCAGAGACACGUGAACCAAAUCGAGAUCUAAGAAGCGUUGAAAGAUCUCAUGAAUAUAUAUACACGGCUCCCUACUCUGAUCACAUGUGCUUUGCUGAGAUACAGGAGUUCAUUGAGCUUCUCCGGCCAGUCAAGAUCAAAGGCAUCGUGUCUUCACUCUCCUCUAAUAUUGACCCCUAUUAUUUCUUUCGACACCUUUGUGGAACAAAGCCAGCGUUUUGGAGGUUGCACCAGAAGCUUGAUAAUGAAGAGAAGCUCGAAAAAGUUGGAACUGUUGACAUCAAAUUUACAAUACCUGGUACUUCUAGCGUUGCAGGAAGGAAACGAAAGAAAGUUCAAUUUGUAAAUAGGGUUAGCUUAUUAAGGAAAUCAGGCCAUGGUGUUAGGAUUGCUGAUAGUUAAGUACAAUUUCUAAGUAGGGCUAGCUUAAUAUAAAGCAUAUGAAACUUGUAGAUGACCAUGAGCCGGACUAAAUAUUUUGCAGGUUACAUGAUAAUGACGAGGUAAUAUUAGAUAUAGAAAUUUGUGCCUUUGGCUAGGCUACGUGUUCGCUUUCUAAUUACAUGUAUUUUCUUUUCUUUUUUAUGGAUAAAUACUCUAUUUUUGUGGAUGUUUAGUUGCAAAAGAAAAGAAGCAGAAUUUUGUAGAUGAAUAUUGCACAGGAAGAGGAAUAGCAAAUGAAGCGAAAUUGUGGACCACUUUAUUCCCAAUACGAGGAUCAAUGUUGUAUGUGCGACAUCCUACUUCCCUAAGCAAAUGAACAAUAUUAGAGAUACUAAAUCAUUUGAAGAUAAAACAUUAACCGAUUUGAAUCACAGCCAAGCAUCGGUGUUGAGUUUGAGGAUUCCCCAAUUGCUUGAUAUUACUGAGAGUCUGCCAUCCAUCCUCGAUUCUCCACAUUGAUAUUUUUAUUAUCAUAGCCGAUGAGGAAUGUCAAUUGAGCUUCUCCAAGUAUAAGAGAAUGGGAAACUAUUGCUGAAUAAAAUCUCAACUUUCCAUGAUCCGGAAUUAGUAGGCAAUCUUGGAGAC